AUGCUACAUUUAUAUCUCCUGGAAGCAGAAAACCUCCAUUCUCCGUCCCUCUCUACUUCCAGAGAAAGACAAGGGGAGAAGAAGCUAUCUAUAGCUAUUCUGAGACUUCUUUCUUCAUCAAUUAAUUAGCUUCUCUGUUAUCAAUCAGACUAACGAACUGCUGCAAUGGGAAGGAAGCAAAAGGAGGAUGCUAGUGGCGCACCCUCAAAGGCUAAAGCUGGCAAUAAAGAUGCAAAGAAGGAAAAACUAUCAGUCACUGCCAUGCUGGCUAGCAUGGACCAGAAACCUGACAAACCUAAGAAGGGUUCUUCGUCAACCGUAACGUCUAGCAAGCCCAAGCCAAAGCCAGCUCCUUCUUACACCGAUGGAAUUGAUCUUCCUCCAUCUGAUGAUGAAGAAGAGCCGAAUGGCUUGGAAGAAGAGCAACAGCAGAACGAUCCGAACAAGAGACCCAGUCAGCGGAGGUCUGAAUUGAAGCCCCUUGAUGUAGCCAUAUCGGAUAAAGAAUUAAAAAAGCGUGAAAAGAAGGAACUUCUUGCUGCCCAUGCCAUUGAGCAUGCGAGGCAAGAGGCCCUUAAAGAUGACCACGAUGCUUUCACGGUCGUCAUUGGAAGCCGGGCUUCUGUCCUUGAUGGGGAAGAUGAAGGUGAUGCAAAUGUCAAAGAUAUAACAAUAGAGAAUUUUUCUGUCUCAGCUCGGGGGAAAGAACUGCUUAAAAAUGCAUCUGUGAAGAUAGCACAUGGACGGAGAUAUGGUUUGGUUGGGCCCAAUGGAAUGGGCAAAUCUACACUAUUGAAGCUCCUUGCUUGGAGAAAGAUUCCCGUGCCGAAGAAUAUUGAUGUGCUUUUGGUUGAACAGGAGGUCAUUGGUGAUGAUAAAACAGCUUUACAAGCAGUUGUUUCAGCUAAUGAAGAACUUGUCAAACUCAGAGAAGAAGUUGCCUCCCUGCAGAAAUCUGACAGCCCUGAUGAGGGUGAAAACAAUGGUGAUGAUUAUGAUGAAGAUGAUGCUGGAGAGAGACUUGCUGAAUUGUAUGAGAAAUUGCAGUUGAUGGGAUCAGAUGCUGCUGAAUCACAGGCAUCAAAGAUUCUUGCUGGGUUGGGUUUCACCAAGGAUAUGCAGGGCCGUCCAACUAGGUCUUUUAGUGGUGGCUGGAGGAUGAGAAUUUCACUGGCAAGGGCACUUUUUGUGCAGCCUACUCUUUUAUUGCUUGAUGAGCCUACCAACCAUCUUGACUUGAGGGCUGUUCUCUGGUUGGAGGAGUAUCUGUGCCGGUGGAAGAAAACUUUGGUUGUUGUCUCACAUGACCGAGAUUUCCUCAACACAGUUUGCAAUGACAUCAUUCAUCUACAUGAUCAGAAACUUGACUCCUAUCGUGGAAAUUUUGAUGAUUUUGAAGUUGGGUAUGAGCAGAGGCGGAAGGAGACAAACAAGAAGUUUGAGAUUUAUGACAAGCAGAUGAAAGCUGCGAAGAGGAGUGGGAAUCGGCAGGAAAAGGUCAAGGAUCGAGCAAAGUUUGCUGCAGCCAAGGAAGCAGCAAAGAAUAAGGGCAAAGCUAAGGUUGGUGAGGAUCAAGCCCCACCUGAAGCUCCAAAGAAGUGGAGAGAUUACAGCGUUGAGUUCCACUUUCCUGAACCUACUGAGCUUACACCACCACUCUUGCAGCUCAUUGAAGUGAGCUUUAGUUAUCCAAAUCGGGAGGAUUUCAAGUUGUCAAAUGUUGAUGUGGGCAUUGACAUGGGGACCCGUGUUGCUAUUGUUGGACCCAAUGGAGCUGGCAAAUCCACUCUCCUAAAUCUUCUUGCAGGUGAUUUGGUACCAACCGAAGGUGAAGUGAGGCGGAGUCAGAAGUUGAGGAUUGGAAGGUACUCGCAGCACUUUGUGGAUCUUCUUACAAUGGAUGAAACACCUGUACAAUACCUUCUUCGUCUCCAUCCAGACCAAGAGGGGCUUAGCAAACAGGAGGCUGUUCGAGGGAAGCUUGGCAAAUUUGGACUUCCCAGUCAUAAUCAUCUUACCCCUAUUGCAAAAUUAUCAGGUGGGCAAAAAGCCCGAGUUGUCUUCACAUCAAUAUCAAUGUCAAAGCCCCAUAUUCUACUUUUGGACGAACCCACAAACCACUUGGAUAUGCAAAGUAUCGAUGCCUUGGCUGAUGCGCUUGAUGAAUUCACUGGUGGGGUGGUCCUGGUCAGUCACGAUUCUAGAUUGAUAUCACGUGUCUGUGAUGAUGAAGAGAAGAGUGAAAUUUGGGUGGUGGAAGAUGGAACAGUGACUGCUUUUCCGGGGACAUUUGAAGAGUACAAAGAGGAGCUACAAAGAGAAAUUAAGGCUGAGGUUGAUGAUUAAGGUUGCAGUUACAAUACUUAUUCUUUGCAUCGGGUUAAGGAGCUAGCUCAGGAAUGAUACUGUCUUCAACCUGAACUGCAUGGGAAUGUAGAAACUUGAUCUGCAUCCCAUGAUCGAGCAUCGUUUAUGGAAAGCGCUGAACAACAGCUUGCCUACGGAAUUAACCUGGCAAAUAGAAGAACUCAGCAUGCAGGAAGUAGUUUAUGUGGAGAUCACAAGUAAAAACGAUCGCUCAAGAGCAUGCAGCUUCUGGUUUUCUAGUCUUCUAAGCAUGAAAUUGAAAAUGAACUCUCUCAGCGUUUCCUAGAACGGUUCCUGCAGCUUGGUCGCAAUUUUCCAUUUCCCAUGCUCACAGGAGCUGCAAUGGUUGCUCCCGGCCGAGCUCAUAUGACCAAGCUUGAUGAUACAAUAACAAAGGUUAAUCACCUGCA